CCCCCUCCCUUCCCACAAAACCACUAUAAAAGGUAGCCACCUCUGCCUGAUUCUUCAGUCUCUGCAAGACCAAUCACCUACAGAAUCACCAUGAAAUUUGUGGCACUCGCACUAACCAUCCUGCUUGUGGCAGGCGCUCAGGCCCGCAUGGUGCAGGCCGAUGCCCCAGCCCCACUUGAGCAUGUGAGGUCCGCAGUCAUGGUGUACCUGACCCAGGUGAAGGAGACCGCUCAGAAGGCCCUGACCCACCUUGACGACACUGAGUACAAGGACUACAAGAUGAAGAUCUCUCAGAGCCUUGACGAUAUGCUGACUCAGAUGCAGACUGCCUCCGCCACUCUGUCUCCCUACACCGAUGCCUUCGCCACCCAGGUCAUGGAAGCCACCGCCGGCCUCCGCGCCUCCAUCACCGCUGACGUUGAAGAUCUGCGCAAGACCCUGGAGCCCAAACGCGAGGAGCUGAGAGCAGUCCUGGAGAAGCACAUGCAGGAGUACCGCGAAAAGCUGGAGCCCAUCAUGACCGAGUACACCGCCAAGCACAAGGAGGAGAUGGAGGCCCUCAGAGCCAAGAUGGCACCCGUUGUGGAGGAGCUGCGUGCCAAGGUGCAGGCCAAUGUUGAGGAGACCAAGUCCAAGCUGGUGCCAAUCAUCGAGGCUGUGCGUUCCAAGCUGACCGAGCGCCUGGAGGAGAUGAAGGGCAUGGCCACCCCUUACGUUGAAGAGUACAGGGAGCAGCUGAUGGCAGCUGUGGCUGGCCUGAAGGAGCAGAUGGGCAAGAGCGACGGUGUGGCUGAGGAGCUGAAGACCAAGCUGAUGGCCGUCUACGAGACCCUCAACAAGGCUGUCACCAAGGCAUAAAGCGUCUGUCCCCCCUUUACCCUCAUCUGACAACACCUCACUCCUCCUGUUCUUCUUUUCCAUUCCUCCACGCUCACUCACAGCACACACCCACACCCACCCACGCACUUCCCCCUUGUGACAAGGGCUAAUGCAAUGCCAUGGCUGGACACUUUGCUUCCUAACACCCGAGCAGCCUAACACACGCACACAUCCAUCGUGUGGGAUGAUUGCACAGCUGCAAGCACGCAGAAAGAUGAAGCCAACUUUUCCAUCGAAACUAAACCCAUGAAAUGCUUGAAUAUUCUGUCAUGCUGCUGCUUGUUAGAAAAAAACUAGUGUCUUAACACUGUCUGUUCAAUAAAAUCCAGACUGUUUCAUACUA